GUCGUCACAAAGAUGCCAAAUAUCUGUCACACUUCUUUCUGAUUCGAUAGCGCGAUCUGCUGCCCCGAGCACUCGUACGUUGCUUUACUUGUACAGUAACUUAUACCUCUUUAUUCUGGGCUAGGGAGGCUCUCGACGGGCACCAAUGACUGUCUGUACAGACUGCGGCGGGACCGUUAUCGAAUAUGAUGUCGCGGCGGGAAAUGGCUUCUGUGUUAACUGUGGAACAGUGGUAGAGGAGAAUACUAUCGUCAAUGAGUCUGCAUCUCAAAGCGGCAGGCAAAGAUCGUCUCACUGAUGUCCUCACGAUCGGGCAGCUUGCAAUUAGCUAUAGCGGCUUCGACUUUGCCUUGCGCGUUCCAUGUGUAUAUUCUCGAUGCUUACCAGGUCUUUCCCCUUUUAGGUCACUUUCGGAGAAACGAGCACUGGUGCGGCGAUGGUGCAGGGCAGCUUUGUUGGACAGGGAGCCACACGUGCGCGUAUGGGUGGACCGUUUGGCAACAGAGGAAGCACUGAAAGUCGAGAACAAACGAUAGCAAAUGCAACACGGAAGAUUCAGCAGGUCGCUUCGGCUAUGCGUCUGUCAGAAGUCGUCCAACUCGCUGCUACUCGUCUAUACACUCUUGCGGUUGAGCACAAAUUUACGAAAGGGCGCAAGAGUAUGAAUGUCGUUGCCGUCUGUCUUUAUGUCGCUUGCCGGCAAAAGGAGACACGCAAUUACAUGUUGAUCGACUUUUCAGAUUUAUUACAAGUCAAUGUUUUCGAGCUCGGACACACAUAUCUCCAACUCGUGCAAACCCUCAACUUACGCCUCCCUCUCGUUGACCCCUCCCACUAUAUCUCGCGCUUUGCCGCUCUCCUAGAAUUUGGCGAAGAAACACCUCAAGUAGCACUCGAUGCUACACGACUCGUCCAACGUUUUGAUCGUGACUGGAUGACCCGAGGUCGUCGUCCGUCAGGUAUAUGCGGAGCUGCUCUUUUAUUAGCGGCACGUAUGAACAACUUUAGGCGUAGCGUGGAGGAAAUCGUGCAGGUUGUGAAGAUAGCCGACACAACUCUGAGGAAACGAGUAGAAGAGUUCAGGAGAACUGGAAGUGCAAGCCUCAGCGUGGCGGACUUUAGGAGUGUGUGGCUAGAAGAAGAGAUGGACCCGCCUGCGUUUAUCAAAGGGAGAGAGAAGGAGCGUGCGUUGGAGGAGGAGGGCGAAGAGGGAGAGGCAGAAAACAAAGGGAAGGUGAAGUCGAGAGCGAAAGGCAGAGGAAGAAAGAGGAAACGUAAACGAGGGGAAGAAAGUGAAAAUGAAGAACCACUGCAGGAACAACCAUCACAUCCACCGCCAGUUGAUCCAGCGUUGCUACAUCAAGGCAUCUUUGCUGACGCACUAAAGGGGGGCCUGAAUGUGCAAUCACCGGACGGUACACUGGUUUCGUCCAACUCGCACCCGCAGCCUCUAUUCCUUCCUGAAGAUGGUGAAGACUCUAAUCAACCCCAUAUCCGUGACACCAAUGCAUUCAUUGACCCAGCCUUGCUUGGGCCUUCUCAUCUCCCUUCACAUAUUCCUCAGCCGAACGGUACUGUACCUUCACAAGGAUCUUCUACGCAGGCCACACUGGUCGAAACAUCCAAUGAGAUGAUCAGUAUGGAUGACAAGGGCGAUCAUCUUGAAUAUGACGGCAUGCCACCACCGCUCGUACCCUCUUCCUCGACUGCUCCGGACUUACCACAAGUGGAUGAAGAGAUUGACAACCUUCUCACGUCUGAAGUCUCGCAAUUCCUCACCUCACAACAGGGUGUCACUCUCGCCUCUGCGCUUGAACAUGCCCAAAUGGUUCGACAAUCCCAGUUCACUGGGGAUGAUGAACUUCUCGGUCUCAACGAGGACGAGUUGGACUUGCUUUUGCUUACCGAAGACGAGGUGAAGAUUAAAGAACGAGUUUGGGUGGAAUUGAAUAAGGAGUAUCUUGAAGCUAUUGCAGCUAAAGCGGAAAUGGAAGCUGCGGGUGGAGUCGAUCAAAAGAAAAGUCGCAAGCGCCGAAAGACGGAUCGACAGUCCAACAAACCUCGAGAUGCAGCCAAUCCACAUGGGACAACAGCAGCCGAGUCAGUGCGGAACCUGCUGAAAAAGAACCCUCGAUACAGCAAACGUAUAAACUACGAUGCGCUCAAGGAUCUUUUCACCGAUACUGGCUCUCCUGGUCCUGGAUUACUCACGAUGCCUAGUACGCCUAGUACACUUGGUCCGUCUGGUUUUGAUGACAAGGACGAUGAGGUUUAUCAUGAUGAUAAGAGUGAUGGGGAAGGUAUAACGACUGUUGUUGUUGAAGAGGGCGGGGGUGGUGUUGGCGUUGUUGUGAAGGGGAAGGGAGUUGCUUUGGAGAUGGAGGGAGAGGAGGAUGAGGGGAGUGAUAAAGGUGAGGAGUAUGCGGAGUGGGAUGUGUAUGAGCAGGAGGUGUAGUAGUUGCGGAAAUGCCUGGGAAAUGUGUGUAUUACUUUAUUAUACCUAUGACACAAUAUGAGUUGCCCCUCUUUCUUUGUUGAACCUCGAGGGAGGCCAGGUUCAAAGAUUCAUCAGUUCGAGUGAAGGGAGCCCCUUAACGUAUAGAAGUGGACAGCAUUCAGGUUGUUGAUAUCCAACCAAAGCUGACUCCACGAACUUUGCUCUCGGUCAACUUGGAACCUUGUGCAUGAUAUUCAAGUUAUGUGAGGCGAUAAAUACUCUUUUACUGCUUUAGUGCUUCCUGCUGACCUUUCUCGCCUCGAAUCAAAACGGUGAGUAAGA